AUGCCAUUACGCCGGUCUCAUAAAAAGUCGCACCACGGCUGCCUGCAGUGCAAACAACGGAGAAUAAAAUGUGACGAGGCUCGACCCUACUGCGGCCCCUGUCAUCGAAAACAACUUGCCUGCGCAUUCCAAAGCCUCUUGCACCAGUGGCACGUAGCCACGGCACUCUCACUCGCCCACGAAGAGCAGCUCGCCGAUGUAGUCCGCGUCGCCGUGCCUCGAGAGGCCCUCGCCUACCCUUUUCUCAUGCACAGCGUCCUCGCAGUCUCGGCCCUCCAUCUCAGCUAUACAGGUCCCUCCGAGCGAUGCCAGUCCUACAAAGAAGCAGCGAUCCGCCACAACAACCUCUCCCUCACGCUAUGCACCCCUCUCCUCAGCAACGUGACGCCAGAGAAUUGCCACGCCCUAUUCGCAUUCUCCUGCCUGACCGCGGUAUUCGCCUUCGGCGUCCAAGGCCGCGAGGGGCUCCCCAGCGCCCAGGGCCUCGUCGAUGUCGUCGAGGUAUUCAAGAUGGUGCGCGGCGUCGCAUCCGUCGUACAACAAGCACGCGCAUGGAUUGAACAAGGCGGAAUGAGCCAGCUGUUGAAAAUCGGCAAGCUACGCAAAAGGGCGGCAGGAACGAUCUAUGAUCGGGAGCUCUGCUCGCAUCUUGAAACCUUUAUCGAAGAGCAACUCCGCCCGCGAGAGCCCUGCAUGCACCAAACCAUCAACAACAACAACGUCAACGCCGUUCUUCUACAAUCGGCGAACCGCCUCCUCCAUGUCCUGAACAUGUACAUGACCAUGGAAGAUCCCAAUGCGAUCCUAGCCUGGCCGGUCCUGCUGGAUGCGCAGUACCUGGAUCUUUUAUUGCAGGUGGAGCCGACGGCGCUGAUAAUAUUGGCGUAUUAUGGGACAGCGUUGCAUUUGCUGUUCGAUAAUUGGUGGUUGGAUGGUUGGGGGCAGUUCAUUAUGAAUCUUGCGUCGAUGCGGCGUGGUUCUGUCGGGGACUGGAGGAUAUCGUGGCUUGUGGAUAUUAUUCAACGAGAUAAGGAGUUUAGAUUGAGGAGUGUAUGAGUACGGAAUGUAAUUUAUUAAGUAGUAGAUGCUGAGCACAAAAGUUCACGGGAAG